AUGAUUUUGCUCAUUUUUUUGUUUUACUUCAAUAAAAACAACUUGAUUGAUUGUGUGUCUUUCUUAACUAAUGCAGAGAAUCCUGAUCCAAAAGUGACGAUCCAGAGCCUCACAAUCAUCACUUCUGAUAGACCAGGCCUGGUUAUACCUAUCCCUUUCGACCCAAAUGUGAGGAGCUAUGAAUUUACUCUUAAGAAGGGAAUUCAAUACCAACUUAAACUCUCAUUCACUGUGUCGAAUAAUAUUGUAUCAGGACUCCGUUACAUGAACACUGUGAGGAAGAUUCCUGGAUUCAUCCUAGUUGAGAGCACAACGGUUAUGCUGGGAACUUUCAGCCCUCAGAACGAGCCAUACACCUAUAAGCUAGAAGAGGAUACCACCCCUUCUGGCUUAUUUUCAUUGGGGGAGUAUUUUGUUGAAAUAAAGUUUGUGGAUGAUGAUAAUAAAUGUUAUUUGGAAAUUGAAUAUGACUUCCAGAUAACACAAGAUUGGUCAUAG